AUGGACCCCAUCAAAUACAUAUUUGAGAAAUCGACCCUCAUUGGUAUAAUUACUCGAUGGCAGAUGUUAUUAUCAGAACACGAUAUCCUUUAUGUCGCACAGAAAGCCAUCAAGGGUAGUGUACUGGCAUAUCAUCUUUCUCACCAGCCGAUGGAGGAUUACCAACCUUUGAAGUUUGAUUUCCCAAAAUAUGACAUUAUGGUUUUCAAAGACUCUAAGAUCCUUAGAUCUGACGAAGGACCCGAACCAGGGGAGCGAUGGUAUCUUAUGUUCGAUGGUUCUUCAAAUGCUACAGUUCAUGGAAUUGGGGAAGUAUUAAUGUAUCCCAAUAAUUUUCAUCUACCAUUCACCACAAAGCUUUGCUUCACCUGUACAAAUAACAUGGUUGAGUAUGAAGCUUGCAUACUAGGGCUAAAGGAGGUCGUUGAUAUAAGGAUUAAAGUCCUGGAAGUAUAUGGAGAUUUUGCUUUAGUGAUAAAUCAGAUCACGAGUGAUUGGGAAACGGGACAUGCUAAUCUAAUUCCAUAUCAGGAUUAUAUGCUAAAGUUGCUCCCGAAAUUUGACCAAAUCACUUUCUCCCAUAUUCCUCGAGAAGAGAAUCAGAUGGCAUAUGCUCUAGAAACUCUGGCAUCCAUGUACAAGUUGAUAUGGCCUAACCAUCAACCUAAUAUUAAAAUUAGGCAUUUUGACAAACCUGUUCAUUGUUUAACAAUGACAGAAGAAUCAGAUGGAAAACCCUGGUUCUUUGAUAUCAAACACUAUCUAGAGAAACAAGAAUAUCCUGUAGACGCUUCUAGCCUUGACAAGAGGACUAUACGGAGGCUGGCAUCAAAGUUCUUCUUAAAUGGAUAUGUGAUGUAUACGCGGAAUUAUGACACAGUCCUUCUCAGAUGUGUGGACAAACAUGAAGGAUCCUUCAGCACUCAUGCAAGUGGACACAAGAUGGCAAAGAAAAUCCUGAGGGCAGGUUACUACUGGCUAAUGAUGGAACCUGACUAUUUUCAUUAUGCCAGGACGUGA